ACGAGGUUGCAGUACGGUUGAAACAUCUCCCGCGCCACUAUCGGUCUUCAACGCCAACCCUCGAAUCCUGCACUCGACAGUCUUUUGGGAAUUCGACAUGUUCUCUGCCACAGACUCGGCUAGGAGGGCAACUGCGAGCAUCAAGGGCGUUGACUUAAGCGAGUUAUACUCCGAAAACAUCGCUGCAAAGGUCUUCCAAGUUGCGGAGCGAGGCUUGAAGCAAGAGACACCAUUGCCGACCUAUCCACACACAGUGCCCCAAGUUGGACCUGAUGCAGGUCGAUACGAAGAGCGGGAAGCAGACUUUUGGACAUGCGGCUUCUUUCCAGGCUGCAUUUACACCAUUCUAGAGCGCGCAGUACGGUACCCUCAAGCACUAGAUGUUCCGGAGCACAUUCGUCCACAGUUCCAAGAUCAGCUGCUGAAGAUCGGCCGACACUGGAAUGUUGCUAUCAAUCAGAUGAGCUCGCGAACCGAUACACACGAUAUGGGAUUCAUCGUGCAGCCUGCGUUGCAAAAGGACUGGGAGUUGACAGGAAACAAGGAAAGCUUGCAGUCUGUGAUCAACGCUGCAUAUGCGCUCGCAUCGAGAUACGACGAAAAGGUCAAAGCUAUCAGGAGCUGGGAUACGGCAAUUAACGACCGCUACUCGAUCACCGACAUGAAUACAAGCUUUCUUGUCAUCAUCGACAGCAUGUAUCUUGACCUUCUCUACUAUGUUGGUCACAACCAGCAAGAUCAAGCGCUCAUCGACAUCGCAACCCAGCAUGCUGACUCCAUCAUCCACGAGAUUUUGCGUCCAGAUUUCUCAUCAUACCACCUUGUCAACUUUGACCCUCGAACAGGGCAACCACAAGCAAAGAUGACCAACCAGGGCUGGAGAGACCAUUCAACGUGGAGUCGCGGCCAAGCAUGGGCAAUUAUGGGUUUCGCACAAGUCUAUGCCUGGACAAAAGACACCAAAUACCUUCACACUGCGAUCAAGUGCGCAGAGUACUUUCUUCGGCGGUGUGGAGAGGGAGAGGGAAAGUGGCACCACCCACUGGUACCUCUGUGGGACUUCGAUGCUCCUAUUGAUGAUCCUGUAGAGCCACUGCGCGACGUAUCAGCAGCUAUGGCAACCGCCAACGGCCUGCUUGUCAUCCACCAGUCUCUGCAGUCGCUACCAACAUCUGAAGCAUCACAGCUGGCACAACCAUCAAUGAACUUUCUGGAUAUCGCAUUGCAGAUCGUGAGUCAGACACUCGACAUGUCGUAUGACCGCGAUCUUGCAGCAUUUGAGAGGCCAGGAAAGGGCUUGGUAAAUGGUACUGGGUCAGCGGACAUCAAGCUUAGGGAGAGUGCGUUCGAUGCGAUCCUGAGGAACAGCACAACGAACUGGAACCCGGAUGCCCACAAGAAGUACAAAGACCACGGUCUGGUGUAUGCAGACUACUAUCUGCUGGAGUUUGGCAACAAGCUGUUGAGGGCUGGGCUUCUGUAGACAAAUUGAGCCAGACUGUUGAUACAUUAAGCCUCUCGAUAUGGGUCGCUUCCGGUGAAUCGGAGGCAGUCACGAUGUUAUCACCACGGAGGUAGUAUACAGUACUAGGUCAAAGGUUUGGAACUGCCGGGCCAAGGCCGCCCCUACCAACCAACGCCGUUGGUCAACUCACAGCAUUGUUUCUCACCCAAGU